CAAACCCCAAUAGCCAAGAGCUUUUUAGUCAUUUUGAAACCCAUGGAUCGAUUUCUGUUCUUCAAUGUUUUAAGCAAAUCCCACAAACUGUUUCUCAAGAACAAAAUGUUGAUGUUCUCUGUCUUGAUAUGUCCCCUCUUACUCAAAUGUUUAGUUUUCUUGUUCAACCAAAAGCUUGUGGGUUCUUUAUACAUCUUCAUGGCCAUUAGCUUCUCCUCUAUUAUCAACCUCUAUGCUGAUAUAGUCAUCGUCCACGCAUCAGCUCUUUCUCUUAAAAAUGAAAACAUCAAGAUCAUGCAUUUUCCGGCUUUGGCCUUUAAAUCUUGGAAGGGACCUCUUGUGACAUCUUUCUACAUUUUUCUUUAUCAUCUUGGAUAUGGGUUGCUCUUCUAUAUAAUUCUUGGUCCUCUAUGUUUGUUCUCUUUAAAACUUUAUUCCUUGGUAGCCAAGUCUAUCCCUUUAUUGUUUCUAUUCGAAGUAUAUGAGUCCUAUUUAGCUAUUGUUUGGAACUUUUCUAUGGUCAUAUCGAUACUAGAGGGAACUUAUGGGACCAAAGCUUUGCGUAAAGCUGCAAAGGUUGUUAAAGGGAUGAAGCCAAAAUUGUUUCUCCUUAAUCUUUCCUUCCGUUUAUUGUCAUUCGGAUUAGCUGAAAUGUUGCAGCUGAUUAAUUGGAGAAUAUCGUUUUUGGCUACCUUAACCACUGGUUUAGUCUUUGUGUGUUUGGUCUCUGCGCUGAGGAUGUUUCAGCUUGUGGCUUACACAGUUGCCUAUUUCCAAUGUAAGAGCGUCCAAGUCAAAGACGUUGAGUCGCUCCGGGAUGUGCAAUAUACCAUAUUGUCCUCCACUACUCUCUUGGGAUGAGUGGCAUGAUAGUACAAGAGAAGGGCAUAUAUGAUAUUAUAAUCGGUAAAUUAUUUUGAAUAAUCAAAGGUUUGGUUUGCAUAUGUA